GGCGUCUGUACUUGCCUCGCAAGUGGCGUGGGCCGGCCGAAGCCGGUAGUUGAGGUCCCGAGGGCGGCUGUAGUGGGAGUGUUCGUGCAUCCGCUUGGGUGAAGCUUGCUGUUGAAGAUGGCAGACCCAGAUGUGCUCACCGAGGUGCCUGCGGCAUUGAAGCGGCUAGCCAAGUAUGUCAUCCGGGGCUUUUAUGGCAUUGAGCAUGUGUUGGCCUUGGACAUCUUGAUCCGGAACCCCUGUGUGAAAGAAGAGGACAUGCUGGAGCUGCUCAAGUUUGACAGGAAGCAACUUCGCUCUGUUUUGAAUAAUUUAAAGGGAGACAAAUUCAUCAAGUGCAGAAUGAGGGUAGAGACUGCUGCGGAUGGGAAGACCACACGCCAUAACUACUACUUCAUCAACUACCGCACUCUUGUCAAUGUGGUAAAAUACAAACUGGACCACAUGAGAAGGAGGAUUGAAACGGAUGAGAGAAAUUCCACCAAUCGGGCUUCCUUCAAAUGUCCUGUCUGCAGCAGUACUUUCACCGACCUGGAAGCUAAUCAGCUGUUUGACCCCAUGACAGGAACUUUCCGUUGUACCUUUUGCCAUACAGAGGUAGAAGAAGAUGAAUCAGCGAUGCCCAAAAAAGAUGCUCGCACACUUUUGGCAAGAUUUAAUGAACAAAUUGAGCCCAUUUAUGCAUUGCUUCGACAGACAGAGGAUGUAAACUUGGCCUACGAAAUACUUGAACCAGAACCCACGGAAAUCCCAGCCCUGAAGCAGAGCAAGGACCGAGCAGCAGCUGCUCCUGGAGCUGCUGGCCUGGCAGGCGGGCACCACCGGGAGGCAUGGGCCAGCAAAGGCCCCUCUUAUGAGGACUUAUAUACGCAGAAUGUUGUCAUUAAUAUGGACGACCAAGAUGAUGCUCACCGCACUUCGCUGGACGGGAAAUCUGCCAAAGAGAGGCCCAUUUGGUUGAGAGAGAGCACUGUCCAAGGGGCAUAUAGUUCUGAAGAGAUGAAGGAAGGUGGCAUUGAUAUGGGUGCAUUUCAGGAGCGUGAUGAAGCACGUUCAGGGCCUGAUGACAAUGAGGAGGUCAUGCGAGCUCUGCUUAUUCACGAGAAAAAGACUUCUUCCACGACGGCUGCCUCAGUGGGAGCGGCUGCUCCAGUGACUGCUGCCAAUGGCAGUGACUCAGAGAGUGAGACCAGUGAGUCGGAUGAUGACUCUCCACCCCGGCCAGCAGCUGUGGCUUCUCAUCAUCAGGAGGAGGAUGAGGAAGAUGAGGAAUUUGAAGAAGUAACAGACGACCCCAUUGUUAUGGUGGCUGGCUGCCCAUUCUCCUACAGUGAAGUUAACCAGCGGCCAGAGCUGGUAGCCCAGAUGACACCAGAAGAGAAGGAAGCAUACAUAGCCAUGGGCCAGCGUAUGUUUGAGGAUCUCUUUGAGUGAGCUUUCCCUACUUUUUCUUCCUGUUAGCGCAUUUCAGAGAGAAGCUUCCCACCAAGUGCUUAAGUGGCGUCCUGCCUCUUUCUGUACUGCACCUGUUAACCUAGUACAAAAGCGUCAUAGGAGAGAAGAUUUGAAUUUUUUUUUUUUUUUUAAUGUCCGAAACAUCCCAGAAAGGUAGGUAGGCUAUAGGUAACCCCUUCCCUCUUAUUACUAAAGUAUUAUUAAUAUUUUCUGUAUUUCUUUAUCUAAUUUUUCCUUUCCUUUUUAAGACAAUUUUUCUUACCUCUGACUGAAAUGCUCCUGUCUACCUAUAAAGAGCCUUUCUGGGGUACACUUAUCCUAGUAUAACUGUAUUCUGGUCAGGCAUUUGAGACAAUUCUAUACAUUCCUGUCAACCAAAGCAGCUUACCAAGAAACAUGUCACUGGUUACGGGCAUGCCCAAAUACUUCAUCGUUCCUCAGAAACGAAUUUGAGGUCAAUCUGUUAGAGACAGAGACAGACAGAUUUGAAUUUUAGGUUCAUGUGUAAACUAGAAUUCAGAUCUGUAGAAAUGAUGAGGCUGGUGGGUUGUUUUGUUUACUUAUACCUUUUAGCCUUUUAGGUUAUAUUUUACAUGACAGAUAACAAAGCACGUUAGGUACACACUCAUGAAGAAAUGAAGGAGAGCAUACACAAAGAGUGAGGCGUUCAUGUCCAGGCUUGAAAAACCGAGAGCAUUGGGAACAGUGUGUUAGAACUGACUCAGUGAGAUUUAGAAAUCUCUGAUGUAAAGCUGAGAUGGCCCCGCUUCCCCCCCCCGCCCCCCCCGCUCGUUCUCUAGAACCUUUGCCAGUACUCUUAAUUAAGGAGCGCCUUCCAGUGGAGGUCAGUAUUGACUGCUUCACUCUCCUCUCAUUCUUCCUACACGUCACCAAAGCCUUUAUUUGUCUCUUGGAGUAUCUUCAGACAUUGUACUUUAGUGCCUCUACUGCGUUGUUGAGCACUGUAACCUCAAAGAACAUAGUCAGGUAGCAUGGUAUUCCUGAAGGCACAACUUUAAAAAUAAAGGACUUUCCUGUAAGUUAGUUCUACAACAAUUAAAAUUUUAUAGUAUUUUCCCUUGCGUUGUGACUUUUAAUUAUCAUUUUGUAGCAUAUGUGUGAAGCUAAGCGUGUUUUUGAGUAUCUGAGCCUUAUGUAAAGUGAUGAUUCAUUUAUCUGGUUGUUGGGUGACUGAAUAUUGACAGUCUACUUACUGCUGGUUAAAAUUGACUGAUUUCUAGCUCUGAUAACUUGGAGCAUGAGCCGAACACUCUUCCCAUUUAAAGAUGUUAGAGGCUUCUCACCGGUCAUCAUCUAAUAUCAUUAGGUGCAAUUAGAUGUGAUCUAAACUUUUUUUUUGGGCAGUGAAUUGCUUUAAAAUAACUUUUAUGUAUUUAUCUUAAAUACAAGAACUGUUCACCUUUAAAUUUUGUUUUUUAAACUUUCAUGGUUCUAAAAAGAUGUUCAUUUUUAAAACAUGACUAAUUUUAAACUAUGUUCUUUGUCGCAUUUUAUGAGUAAAUGUGUAUGAGUGUGCACCUCUGUUGUGGAAAAAUGUAUUAAUAAAGGUACUCAUUAAAGCAGUGUUUGACAUUGACAA